AAAGGCACUGCAAUGGGACAGUCAAAGCCAUGGUUGCUUGUUGUUGUUUCGAUUGUCUAUCACGGGCAUUGCUGGGAGGAAGAAAAAUGGUGCAACACAGCAGGCACCAAGUGCCGUGGAGAAAUGCAAUCUCUAAAGGAAAUCAGCCUGGACCACACCGCAGGGCGGGGGUUCAACUACCCAAUCGACUGGAAUGGUGAUGGACUUAUUGACUUGAUCCAUGCAGAGACCAAUUUUACAGCCUUUCCAUCUGAUGAUGAGCCAUGGAACAAGAGCACGGCAGUUCUUCGCUAUUUCCGCCGCCAAGAUGAUGGGACUUUGCUUCGAGAGGUCGGUCCUUCCUCCCCCGACGGCUUACAAGUCCCGGUCGGCUUCAUGGACUUUGCGGAUUGGGAUGGCACAGGAGCUGGAGUCAUUUGCUGUCAUAGCAAAAAUGGCAGAUUCCGAUUGGUUUGGCUACAGCGGCAACGCCUGCAUGAAAGCAAGACAUGUGGUGAUGUCGGCGAUGAACUCAUCGAUUUUGGUGAAUCUGAGAAUUCUGAUCCCUAUGGGCCCUACGUUCCAGGGUACCACACAUGUCAGGCUCCUAGGGCUGUUGACUUCGAUGGUGAUGGUGACUUAGACCUGAUUUUGGCCGUUUCUGGUUCUGUGUACCUCUUGGAACGUUUGGACUCGGGAGGCCUUGGUCCAAAGAAACUGCUGGUUUCGGGACCUCCCAGCACCGGAUGGACUUCAGCAGAGGUUGCUGACUGGGACGGAGAUGGCAGACUCGACGUGAUUCUCAGCACAGAUUCUGAGAACAUGUACUUCAAAGCCCUGGAAAGUGGCCGGUUCCAGUUUUUGUCCGGCUCUGAUGCCCCAAGAAGUUUGCGCACCAGUUUCCUUGCUGGCUUGUUUAUGAUCGUACGAAUAGCUGAUUGGGAUGGUGAUGGACACGCAGAUGUUUUUGUUUGCAGUCGAGCUGGAAAAUACCCUGCCGACUAUUGCGAAGUAAAAGUGAGGGAUGUGACAUGGAUUGGAUCUGACAGCGUGAAUGCUUUUGCCUCAUUGCCAGAAAUAAAUCAUGGCAACAAUUUGUACAUCGUCGACUGGGAUAAUGAGAACGGUCUAGACCUUGUUGUUCAGACAUAUGACGACUUGAGCCUUUACUCUCGAUUGCCCGACGGACAGCUUUCAACAAGUCCCAAGCACCUUCGGUGCCCAUGCAUUAAAGAAAACGAUUGGGAUGUGAAGUUGAAAUAUAUCAUAGAUUGGGAUAUGGAUGGCAGGCUAGACUUCUUGUGUGUCAACAAAAAAUGGCCUGGCCUAGAUCCCAAAUCUUGGAUCUUGUCUAUGUCCAGACAUCUUCCCAAUGGAAGUUUUGCUGAGCCCAGUUUCCUGCUUGAAUUAGACCACGAAAUGAUAGUUGAUGUGGUGGACUGGAACAAUGAUGAUCGCUUGGAUGUGGUUUUGUCCUCGGGGCGCGUGGCUCUUAGCGACCCCGCUGGCAACUUCACUUUCGUUGAGCUUCCGAAGCUGCCAACUGGAGCCGUGGCAGCAGCGGAUUGGAACGGUGAUGGUUUGGUGGACUUGAUAACAUACAAAUGGGAAAAUCGUGAAUCAUUGGGCAGACUUACCCCUUGGAUGAGACAGAGCAACGGAAGUGUGAUACCAUGGGCCAAAAUGGAAGUGGAGGACAGCUGCUCUCUCUCAGUAUUUCGAUUCGCUGACUGGGAUGGUGACGGACGUCAAGAUGUUAUUCUUGGACACGUUUGCGGUGACCGGCUCACAUCCCUGAGAGUUGGGAUGUGGUCUCGAGGCUGCAUGUCCAGCGUUGCAUGCACUUUACGUGGCACGUGCAACUUGGGCAACAGUGAGUGUAUUUGCCAACAAGGAUACAGUUCAGCUGAUUGUUCCAUGUGCCAACAAGGAUUCUUUUCUGAAGCCGGGGCUUUCUUUCGGUGUGGUCAAUGCGCAGGUUCCACAGGGACUGCCGUCUGCUCUGCAAGAGGUGUUUGCAACGAUGAUGUGUUUGCUCAGACCCAUGGGCUGGGCACGCAGGGCAAUGGCUCUUGUUGGUGCAACGGCCCCAGUUUCGGUGGAACGGAUGCAAAUGGCCUUACGACCUGCGCGUCGGGAGCAUGUGGUCCAGCUUAUAUGGAAGUUGGCGGUUUUUGUGCAAUUGACCAAUUUUACAUCCUGAAGGUCUCAUUGUUCAGUGUCAUUCUCCUAUGCCUUCUCCUGCUGCUUCCUUUCAUCCUUGGUCGGGCCAUACCUGUCGAGGACAUCUCGCUAGAUGGUGGAGCAGUUGUGAUAACAACUGCAGUGCCCCAUUAUCUCCUUGCCAAGCCAUGGAUGAAUCCCAAGGUGACUUGCAAUGGCACAUGCCAUGCAUCUUUAGAUGGCAAGAUUUUCCUGGCGAAAGCCGUAGAAUCCCAUCCCAACCGUUUAGUUCUCAUGACGGGCCCUGGUGAAGCCUUGAAGCUUCGUGCUGAUGCUUCCAGAGGCUGGCUGCAAAUUUGUCGCUUUCGAGCGGCAUUUUGCUUUGGUUACUUCCUACCCUUUGGCUUGUUUUGGUGGGUGCUGCUUUGUGGAGCUGUUGCCCUCUACACCGUUGGCAAUAUGGAUGAAAUCCACAGUGCGGCUGUGCUCGGGGCAGCAGCAUUGGUGGCGUUGGGUAAGGCAAUUUGGCACUGGAUGAUUCAGACACCUCUAGACCGCAGGAUUGUUGAGUUUCAAAAGCAGAUUCAGCGAGAGAAUCCUCAGCCUUCGCGCGUGCCCCGCGGUGCCUUGCGGGCCAUCUCUAUUCAGCAGCUGCUGCAGUUCCACGAGAAGUUUCAUGUCUUCAUCCGGGACAGGAACAUGUACUACGUGGUGGGGAAUCUCCUGCAACCAUUGACCUACCAACAAAAAGUGUCCUAUGCAGAGUUGGUUGGGCCAAGUGAAGUGAUUUGGUUUGUCAGUCACUUCUGGGGCAACGCUUUUCGAGACUUCAAGAAUGCUCUUGAGCAUCACAAUUCAUGGGCUGAGGCUGAUAUGAACACUUAUUGGAUUUGUUCCUUCAGCAAUAACCAGUGGGCUGUUUUUGAAGAGCUUGGUGAAGAUUGUGAAACAUCCAGUUUCUUCCUGGCAAUCAAGAGCCCGAGCUGUAAAGGCACCACAAUGGUCUUGGAUUCUGAUGUGAAAGCUUUGUCAAGGUCAUGGUGUUUAUUUGAAGUGUUGCAGACACGACUGGCUUCGGAAAUAUCCGAAGGAGCUACAGCAGCUACAGCAGCUACAGUUGGCUCUAUGGAUUAUCAUGGUCUCAUCUUCUGCACUUCCUCAGGGGUUCUUGGCAGCGGUUCGGGUAUGGACAUUGCAUUGACCGUGGCCAAAAGACUCACCAACCUUCGCUUGGAGGAUGCAGAAGCUUCAUCUGCUGAUGACAAGCGAAUGAUAGAUGACCGAGUCAGGGCAACCGAAGGCGGCUUUGAAGCUACAAAUGGAUUUGUACGGGCAACCAUCCGUGUUGCUGUUGAGAAGGCUCAGCUCUCCUUCGAGUCAGACUUAUCGGACGUGGUACUGGCUUUGGGUGUCCACGACUGAUCUAUAUGGUCCAUCUUUUAAAUUGCACUUAAUUCAAUCGAAUUCGGGUCUGACCCUAAACUUUAAGUGCAAAUGAUCUUUAAAAUAGAAAAACAA